UUGGAGUUCUCAUGAUCCAAAUUACGAGGAAGAUGGCCAGGAAAAAGUUGUGCUUCAACAAUUUGUUUUCGUGCAUGCUUGACACUGAUGCCACUGCUCCUUUGAACCAGAAUCAGUCUGAUAUUUGUACACAUAAAGACCCUCCAUCUUAAGAUUCCUCACAAAAGGUCUAGUAUGCUCUGAACCUUGUGUUAUAGUUAGUUCAAUCAAAGAAAUUUCUACUUGCAAGUAUACUGUCACAGGACCGUGCCCACUGCCAUUGAAGCAUCCGAAAGUCCUGAUGCCCAUGAAAUUUCCAAUCAUCCCACAAGAUUUAGGGACCAAUUGUCAGUUUAGAAUGUGGUUAACUCACUUAAGGGCCAUUCUAACUUCAACAUUCAACAUGACAGGAUGCUUCAACAAGAAAGGGCAAUGCAGUACGCCAUCAACUGCAAUUGACACAGGCACAAACAUGGUAGCUUCUUCGUUCAUGAUAGCUAAUGUAAUAUGUUGUCAGUGCCAACCCUCAGAAAGCUCCGCUUGAAAUGGUAGCAAAUCUUAUCCUAUCCAAAUUUGAUUGACUGCUCAGUUCAUGUUGGUGGCGCUGCCGCUUCUGCAUCAACCUUCAUGUCGGUGUGAUCAUGGCGAUACGGAAGCCGGCGUGGUUGGAAGCGCUUGACGCCCAGAAGUUCUUCGUCGGCUGCUGCCUCCACGAGAACGCCAAGAAGAACGAGAAGAACAUCUGCUGCCUCGACUGCUGCACCAGCAUCUGCCCGCACUGCGUGUCGUCGCACCGCCGCCACCGGCUGCUGCAGGUGCGGCGGUACGUGUACCACGACGUGGUGCGGCUGGAAGACCUGGAGAAGCUCAUCGACUGCUCCAGUGUUCAGUCGUAUACGAUCAACAGCUCCAAGGUGGUGUUUCUGAAGAAGAGGCCUCAGAGCAGGCAGUUCAAAGGGUCAGGGAACAUCUGCACUUCAUGUGAUAGGAGCCUUCAGGAACCCUUCAUUCAUUGUUCUCUGGGUUGUAAGGUGGAGUAUGUGCUGAGGCAGAAGCAGGAUCUGUCUCCUUACCUGAGAAGAUGCAAGACUCUUCAGCUGAGCCCAGACUACAUCAUUCCUCAUGAUGUGGAUGAAGAGACCACUCACUCCACCAUCGUGGAAGGUGAUGAGCACACAGCGUCAUCAGACUCUGAGAGGUUGAGCUUGCCAUGCACUCGCUUCCAGAUCAUGAACAGGAAGGCUAGCUGGCCUUGCAUCUCUGCAACAUCACCCGCGGCUGCCUCUGAUGUGCACACCAGCAGAAACAUGAGCAGGAGAAAAGGUGUUCCUCACAGAUCUCCUCUGUGCUGAGAGAUGGUGAUUCCAGCGGUUCAGCCAAUAAGUCCAUACUUGUCUCCUUCCUUCUUUCCUUCUACCAUCAUGUGGUUCCCAAUUACAAUAUCUCAGUGUUGAACUAAUCCAUUGAACACACAGGUUUGUAGUUGGACAGGUCUUGUUGGCAAUGGGGUUCAAUUAGCUCCAUUGUGGUUCAACCAAACAAUGACUUUGGAUUAGUUUGGCAAAGACUUCGAUUGUAUUGGCUCUGUGGUGGUUGGAUUAAUGUGGGCAAGAAGAGGCAUAU